AUGCACCAAGCUUGUCUUGACGACCUCGAACAAAUCUUCGAUUUCCCAUUUUCGACUUUGCAUCGUGGCUACGGGUCGUCUCAAUAUCUGCGCCGUCAUCCGCAUCGCAGCUUCCCUCCGGCUCUCCUCUUCUCUUCCGCCGAGGAAUCACCUCCCCCCAAACGAAAUCGCCUUAACGGAUCCAAGCGACUCCCUGGACAUCGUCGGCUUCGUUGUUCGGGACAAGAGACGGAGCCUAGUCCGCGAGGCAAAGAAACCUCUCGAGACGAAUAUUGA